CGGCCACCGAAGAGUGGAGACGAUGAACAGCUCCACGAGACUCCUCUCUCUCCUUUCUCCUCCUCCUCUCUUCCUCUUCCGUCGCCUCCGCUUAUCCAAUCUCCGUCGUCUCCACCGCCUAGCGUCUCCUCAUCCCUCCGUUAUCUCACCCAAUCACCAUUCUCUGAGCCUACCCGUGUCUCCGCUGCCGUUUAUCCACACGACACCUCUCGGACGUUUCCACACUCACCGAGUCCGUCUCUCCGACUCCGAUUCCGCCCCUUCUUAUCACAACCGUCUACCCGAAUGGACAGAGCUGCUCCAAUCUCUCUCCGAAGCUGGCUACUUCACAGACUCUGCUCUAACUUCCGUUUCCAAAAACGAGUUCUUUCCUGAGUUUCCAGAUGAACUCAUCCUUCCAUCUCUCGCAUGCUUAUCUCUAGCUCGUGAUCGACCCGAGUUGCUUGCAAUGGUUUCGAGGAGAGAUGUUGAAGUGGUGGUGGAGAAUGGGAAGCCGUUCUUGUUCAGGACAGGUCAAGAUUCACUCAAAAGGAUGAGUCUUUACUUAACAAGUGGUAAUAUAUUGGGUGUGGAUAAGGCGAGUACGGUGGAUUUGAUGAGGCUUCUUUUGAGCUAUGUUGUGGAUUUUGCUUCUUCUGAGGGAAGGAAACAUCAUGAGGGAGAGAGUGUGGAGUCGUCGGUUCGAAAGCUUUUGAGCGAGAUAGCAAAGAUGAGCUUCCGUAGUUCUUCCGAGUCUAAUGUUCAUGGCAAAGUGAAAAAUCAGUUCUCGGAUAGACAUGGACAAGCACUCGGUUUGUUUCAGAAAAACGUUGAGAUGAAACGUGGUGACUGGAUUUGCUUGAGGUGCAGUGGCAUGAACUUUGCGAGAAAUGUCAAAUGCUUUCAGUGUGCUGAAGCAAGACCAAAGCGACAGCUAACUGGCAGUGAAUGGGAGUGUCCCCAAUGCGAUUUCUACAACUAUGGGAGGAACAUAGCCUGCUUAAGAUGCGACUGCAAACGACCCGGGGACUUCUCACUCAAUUCAGCCAAGGAUCCUGAACUUGAGAGAAGACUGGUGGAAAAUGAAGAGAAAGCACAGAGGUGGUUUAGUAAAGUAGCACAAGGUGGUUCUGAUGCAAACAGUGUUGAUACAGAUGAAGAUUUCCCAGAGGUUAUGCCUUUGAGGAAAGGAGUGAACAGAUAUGUUGUCAACACGAGAAAAACACCUCUUGAGAGAAGGUUGCCUAAUGCUGCUGAGACGGAUGGUGCUAAAACCAAUAGGAGCCUGAAUGAGAUUCUUGGUUCUACAUCCUCUUUUGCUUCUCGAUCUGAUGAUAAGAAUGCUUCUUCACAGGUGCUUAACUCUGGUUUUGUCCCGUUCGUGCCACUACCAUCUGAUAUGUUUGCAAAGAAGCCUGAUAAGGAGGAAUCACUGACCGCCAACAACCAAAUGGACGGUGUCUCAGACAAGUCAAGUGCAAGUCUUGCUGGCAAAGAAACAGAUGAACCUGAAAGAGAUGAGAAAGAAUCAGAGGAGACACCUGCGAGGUGGUUAAAGAGGAUCACAGAACUGCACAGUGUGUCAGAUCUACAGGAAGAGACUUCUCCUGAGAAAAUGCCAAUGCGGAAAGGAGAGAAUCAGUUUGUGGUGAGCAGGAAGAAAGACCGUUCACUGACUUCUCCAGCAAACAAGAGACGCAUCUCCAUCGAAACAAAAGGUUCAGACUUCGUCCCUUUUGUGCCUUUCCCACCUGACUAUUUCUCCAAACACAAACAGCCAGAGGAAACAACAACAACGGAUACUAUUCCAGUCCCUGUACAAGAAGAACCUUCAAGCAACAAUCUUGAACCAAUGGCAGAGAAGAUGAGAAACGAAAAGAGCUUGGAGGGGUCGUUAGUGAAGGAGCCAGACUUGUUGGACAUGUCAGAGGAAGCUAAAGCGGAGAGAUGGUUUAAGCGAGUGGCUGAGAUCAAGAACAUAUCAGAGCUGAGUCAGAUCCCGGACGAAGACUUCCCGUCGAUAAUGCCGAUGAGGAAAGGAGUGAAUAGGUUUGUUAUCAGCAAGAGGAAGACUCCACUGGAACGGCGUUUAGCUUCUCAACGUCAGCAGAGAAAUCCUCCUCCGAUCACGGACCAUGAUCCAGCCCGUAGAGGAGAUACAUGAACCUUGUAGCAUAACAUUUUUGCUGAGAGUAAUAUUUUACAAUACCCUUUUGUUAUUUGUUUUUUAGUUUCACUUCCACAAAUGGUUAAGAAACUCUGUUGUGCAUCUAAAAAGCAAUGAAAGCAUGCUUUAGAAGUA